AUGUCAUCCCUACCAAGGAGGGUGAAAUUGGAAGCCAAAGCCCUUCCAUCAGAAGAUGAUGAACUACCUUCAUUUCUUAAUUCGAGCUCUGAAUCAGAGCAGGAAGAGGAGGAGUGGCAGCCAAAACGCAAAAUCACCAAGAAACCUCGGUUGCCAAAGAAAAAUGAGGCAAAACCUAAAAAAGCUGCUGUUCCACGGUCAGCUGUGGCCAGGAAAAAGGUCAAGAAGGCAGCAAUAAAAGAGGAAAUGGAUGUAUCAUUGCCAAUUGCUCCUGCAGAAGAUAACAGAAUGCAACUUCUAAAACCUAAGGAAGAAUAUGUAGGCACUAAGCCAAAAACUUCAAAUCGAAAGCCAGAAGGGCCAGAAAAAAUGGAAAUAAAUUCAUUCCAAGGCAAAAACGUGAAGAGUUUAGAGAGUGAUGAAGAACCCUCAACAAGUGUUCCUGUAGUGGGAAAUGAAGUGAAACAUGAGAAAUCUGAGGAGGAUUUUGCAUUCAAUGAACCACCUUUUAAAAAGAUUAAGUCGACUACAUGUCCUGAAGGAAAGCCAGUAAAAAAUCUAGGAGGCAACAAAGUAAAAGAAGAGUUUGAAAUGAACUGGGAUAUUGUACAGGCCUUGUCAGAAAUAACAAAUGUUGAACCAUGGGUAUGUUCAAACUUAAUUCGCCUCUUUCAAGAAGAAAACACAAUUCCUUUUAUUGCUCGGUAUCGGAAAGAACUCAUCAAUAAUCUGGAAGCUGAUGCCUUGAGAGAAGUGCAGCAAACAUUGGAAGAGCUACGUACUGUUGCAAAGAAGACGCAUACAAUGAUACAGAAGUUGAAGAAAGAAGGGAAGUUAUCUGGAUGCCUUUUAACAGCAUUAUUAAAUUGCAGAACUUUGGAAGAAUUAGACCAUGUGUCUGCACCUUAUAAAACUGGGAGUAAAGGCACCAAAGCCCAGAGGGCUAAGCAGCUGGGCUUAGAACCUGCUGCGCUCUCCCUUCUGCAGAAUCCUAUGGAACUCAAUCUCUUUUCUUACAUUAGACCUAAUACUAAAGGACUUUCAACUAUGCAGGAAGUAGAGGCUGGAGUACAGCAUAUUUUAGCCGACAUUUUCGCUAAAGAUAAAGAUACACUGGAUUUUAUCAGGAAAUUAUGUCAGCAAAGGUACAUUUGUCUCCAGUCAGCCUUGGCAAAAGUGUCGUCCAAAAGUGGAAACGAAAAAGAUAUCGAUAAAUUCCAACUGUACCAUGAGUUUUCUUGUAAUAUAAAGAACAUUCAGCAUCAUCAGAUUCUGGCCAUUAACCGAGGGGAAAAUCUGAAGAUCCUGACAGUGAAGGUCAACAUUCCUGACGGGGUGAAGAAUGAAUUCUGUUGGUGGUGUGUCAAUGAAAGAUGGAGACCAAAACAAUUUUUAAAACCAGAAUUAAUGAGGAUAUUACGGAACUCGGUAGAGGAUGCAUAUAAACGCCUUAUAUAUCCUCUCCUCUGUAGAGAAUUCAGAUCAAAGUUGACAUCUGAUGCAGAGAAAGAGUCUGUAAUGAUGUUUGGGAGAAAUCUCCGGCAGUUGCUUCUGACCAACCCUGUGAGGGGCCGUACCUUGAUGGGAGUCGAUCCGGGCUACAAACAUGGCUGCAAGUUGGCAAUUAUUUCACCAACCAGUCAGAUACUCCAUACUGAUGUAGUUUACUUGCAUUCUGGUCAAGGAUUUCGUGAAGCUGAGAAGAUAAAGAGACUCCUGCUACAGUACAGUUGUAGCACUGUUGUGAUUGGCAAUGGCACGGCCUGCAGAGAAACAGAAGCUUACUUUGCUGACUUAAUUAUGAAGAAAUAUUUUGUACCACUGGAUGUUGUUUACUGCAUUGUCAGCGAAGCAGGAGCAUCUAUCUACAGCGUCAGUCCAGAAGCGUCCAAGGAAAUGCCAGACCUGGACCCUAACCUAAGAAGUGCAGUUUCCAUAGCUAGACGUGUCCAAGACCCAUUAGCUGAGCUAGUGAAAAUUGAGCCCAAACACAUAGGAGUUGGAAUGUAUCAGCAUGAUGUAUCACAGACUUUGCUCAAAGCAACUCUGGACAGUGUGGUUGAAGAGUGUGUCAGCUUUGUAGGAGUUGAUAUUAACAUCUGCUCAGAAAUACUAUUAAGACACAUUGCCGGACUGAAUGCUAACAGGGCUAAAAAUAUAAUUGAAUGGCGAGAGAAGAAUGGACCAUUUAUAAACAGAGAACAGCUCAAGGAAGUUAAAGGUCUGGGUCCCAAAUCCUUCCAACAGUGUGCUGGAUUCAUCCGAUUCAAUCAAGAAUACAUAAAGACCUUCUGCAGUAAUAAGAAAACUGAACUUGGAAGUCAUGCAAUUCUGACUAAAGCAGGUGCACAGGGUAAAAAGAAGAGCAAACCAACAUCGUGUGCCUCACAGCAGCCCAAUCCUUUGGAUCAAACUUGUAUUCAUCCAGAGUCUUACAACAUUGCGAUGAGGUUUUUAUCUUUCAUUGGAGGAAAUGCAAAUGACAUAGGAAAAUCAGAUAUGCAGCAAAAAGUAAAUGCAGUAAUUCAAAAGGAAGGACUAGAAGGCACAGCCAAAAGGCUAAAUACAACGGUGCACACACUGCAGCUGAUCAUUGAUGGUCUGACUCAGCCUGAAGGCUUUGACAUCCGAACAGAUUUUGAUAAACCUGACUUCAAGAGAAGCAUUGUCUGCUUGGAAGACUUAAGUGUUGGUACUGUUCUGACUGGAAAAGUUGAAAAUGCAACGCCAUUUGGAGUUUUUGUUGACAUCGGUGUGGGAAAAGCAGGUUUGAUUCCAGUGCGAAACAUAACAGAAGCAAAACUUUCUAAAGUGAAGAAGAGAAGAAGCCUGGGGUUAGGUCCUGGAGAAAGAGUGGAAGUUAAAGUGCUUAAUGUCGAUAUUCCUAGACUAAGGAUAACGUUGGAUCUUAUUCGGGUUUUAUGAGGGGG